AUGCGAGCUGAGCAUGUGCAAGUUGUCAUGACUGCCGGUUCAAGGGCCAAAAGAGGAGCUGGCAAGAGUCGGCUUGACACUCAACCUGAGCUCAUCGCUUGCUUUGAUGAUCCGUUUGCCGCUUGCCGACUAUUCAUACCAGCGCAGUUGCCAGCCCGCCAGCCCGCCAGCCAAUCACCUGAUGUCUCGCCUCCUCUUGGUUCACAUGACGCUGGUCUGAGCCUUGCCGGCUUCAACACCUGCCCUCCUUGA